AUGUUCCAAUGUUCGCGGCCUCUUGCCAUCGCAUCUUCCCUAUUUAAUGCCAUUCGACAUCCAGCAGACGGAUCUUCGGUUGCAACCCUCGGAGAAUUACUCGGAAAUACUGCUUCUACCCAUUUACUUUUGAAAAUGUUUACUACCGAGGAUGGGCGAAAAAUCAUGAAAGAACGUCCCUUUAUUUCAGCCAACAGCAUCAAUGAAAAAGCAUUAAAUUGUGCGCGUGGCUCGCUUGGCUACGAAUAUUUUUCUUUCAUGAGCGAAAACAAUAUUUCGGCCGACUCUCGUGCGCCCAUACGUUGGAUGGAUUCCAAUGAUCCUCGUUCAUAUGUGAUUCUUAGGUACAGGCAAGUCCACGACUUUUGGCACGUUUUAGCGGGGAACAUCCCUAUUUCCGUUGUUGGUGAGCUCUCUCUAAAAUGGAUGGAGUUUUUCCAGACAGGGCUCCCCAUGACUCUUUUGGCAGGCGGCUUUGCCCCCAUGUUCCUUCUUGAUGCCAACUCCAGAUCCUUUGUCCUGAAUGUUGCAUUUCCAUGGGCCAUCCGCAAUGCGCCCCCGCAUGCAAGCUUUUUAUUGGGUGUGUAUUUUGAAAAGUAUCUGCAUAUCCAAGUUUCCGAGCUUCGUCAAAAAUUAGGAAUUAUCCCAUUUCCAAUUGACAGGCUGCCGGUCAGUUAA